CCUUGGUUUUCGUAAACCAGAGUGCCCGCGACUCGAAGAAGUUUGGGAACCGCUUAUCUCGCCAGUCCGGGGGGCGCAGUGCGCGAAUGAUUUUCGAUUGCGAAUCGUAUCGUUAUCGCACCCUAACCUUACCGGUUUGACAGGACGCGGUUCUCGUGGCUCGUUGUGCGACUGCAAACGCGAAGAAAGUAAAUCUUGUCACGAUGGGCAACUAGCGCAAGGACGCGUGAUUCUGGUAGUCUACAGAAAAAUGAAAUCGUAUUAUAAAUGUUCAAGAUUAAUAGUUUUGGCGAAUACUGUAUUUUGUUCAAGCAUUAUUAUAACAAUGACGUUCACGUUUAUUGUGACUUUCUCUUCGUCAGAAUUGUCUUCAGUCUUCUACUUAGUGAAAAUCGCAAGUACAGAUCUCUACGUGUGUUUUCAAAUAUAUUUAUACUGUAAAUUAUUUGAAAAUUUGAAUAAUAAAAAAGACUCUGUCAACUUCAGUAUAUAUUCUAGUGAUUGGACGAAUAUGAAUUUGAAAUCCAAAAAAUUAUUAUUAUUAGCCAUGAACAUGAAUAACGUCAAUUGGUUGCAAAUGAAAGCUUCGCCCCGAAGGCAUGUCGACUUACAACAAUUCUUAAACGUAUUAACAACUUGCUAUAAUAUAAUCUCUGUUAUGGUGAAUACGUUGAAGAAAUAAAACUAAACAUUCAAGUGCAUACAGCAGUUGUUCGUUAUUUAAUGUUUGUAUGAAAAUUAUACUUAAAUAGUCAAAUUUAACUAGCACCUUUUUAAGAAAAAUGGACUGAUUGUUUUGUGAAAAUAAGAUAUGUGAGUAAUUUCCUUAAGAACUAAAACUUUUCCAGAACUUGAUAAAAAUAUAUCCAGAAGGCUUAUCAGAAGUCAUAUUGUCAACGAUAUUUAAAAAUUAAUUGUGAUCAAUACGAUUAGACUAAACAAUGAUUUAACCAAUAUUGACUAUAUUAUGUGACAUACGAGGACGAAGACCAUUUAUUUAUUUAUUCUAUCAAUUUUUUCACAGUAGCUUUUUCAUCUUUAACUCAAAAAAAAA